CUAAAGUUUGUGAAACCGGAAAUAGGAUGACGUCACCCUUAUGUGUUUCUCAUACUAGAUGAAUCGAAAUUACACUGAAUGGGAUAGACAGUUCCCACACAAUCUGCCCGAAGGGCUGCUGGGCACCCCUGCCACUGGACAAGUUUGUUUUGUGCCACCAUCGCCUCAAGCUAAAAUGGCUGGCCAGAAUGGAUUUAUUGACUUGAAGAAACUGAAAGGGCCUGGCAGUGGUGCAAAUUUCCAACCCAGUGAUGAUGCACAGCCAAUAUUCGCCCCAGGAGAUCUACAGGUUAAACAACAGUUACUAUUUAAUUCACUGAAAGUGUCGCCAAACACCAGAUCACGUAUAACUCCUGGCAUUCAAGGCAUCAUACCACAACUGUCAAAUUUGCUGCCAGAUCCAACGUUUGGACAUGCAGAAAAGCAGUUCCUAAAGAAACCAACAUCACAUACCGCACAGCCAUCAAAGACAUUUACCGAAGGUCCCCCAUUGCCAUUAACUGUUGGAGAAGAUGCAGACCAGUUUGGUGUAGAACUGAGAAACAAUACAAGUAAAGCUUUUGGCUUUGAGUAUAACCUGAAAUCAGAUGUUAGUGUUCCUACAAGCAAGUACAUAGAGGGGACUGUAAAAUACACAACAAAAGCGGCACUAAAAGAAAUGGUUCAAGAUUUGGCAAGGCUUGAUAACACAACAACUGGCUGUAUUGUGGAUGAGACUUGUGCCCCAGAGUGUGACACUUACGAUAAAGACAUACAUUUUCUGUCUGAACAAUGUCUUGGACGGGGCUCAUAUGGAACGGUGGACCUAUGUUACGACUCAAAAACUCAGAAGCCGUUUGUAAGGAAACAGUUGGCAAAGGGGGCACUAAGAACAAGUGAGAUUAUAGUACCAACUACACUGAAUCAUCAUAACAUCACAAAAUUUUAUGGCCUUAUCCAAAGGGAGAAUGCCAACGAGGGGAAUCCAACCAUGGAGCUUCUGAUUGAAUAUGGAGGAGAAGCACUGAACAAGUAUUUCCAGGAGGGAAAGACUCUCUCAGACCCACAGAUAUGGGAUGCUUCGAAACAAGGACUAGCAGCUCUGGUUCACAUAAGCCAUUACAGUAUUGUUCAUCUUGAUGUGAAACCUGAAAACAUCUGCAUUUACUUCAAGAAUGAUGGCUCGUUAGUUCUAAAAUUGACAGACUUUGGCUCAUCAAGGCUCCCUCAGGAGCCCUUGAGAUUUGUUGGUUUGACACCAGAAUACUUGGCAUCUGAAAUUUGCAAGAUGUUUCUUCAGUCACAAAACCCUGGUCUUGACUUUGGAUUGACAGAAGCAGAUAUUACUGGGAAAGUAGACACUUUCGCCUUCGGGCUUGUCAUAAUGUUCAUGUAUAAAGGCUACCAUAUUCUCGUGAAAGUGAUCAACAACGGGAAGACAAGCUAUGAUGGAAUUGAUGCACAGACAAGGAGGUUGAUGCACAUGAAUUUGAUGAUGCUGAUGGCAGAAGACCAUUCAGAGAACAGUUUUGUGCACAGUCUGAUACCAGAUGAGUGUGACCUUGACAUGAGAGAUCUGCUAACAAAGCUGACAGAGCAUAGGCAUCAGGAUAGGUUCAGUGCUCGACAGGCACUGGACAUUAUUGAAGGGAUGGAACACAAGAUCAAGAUGUCAGUAAGGCCAGAACAGAAGAUGAGAGAUGCGACAGACCAGCAGCAGCAGUUGAUACAGAAUCAGGUGCCACUGAUUGUAGACCCUGAUUGCCAGCAUGGAAUGGGUAUACCAGGUAUUGCUGAAGAUUGUAUGGAGAGUGACAACGGCCCAGUAAAGAACAGAACAAAAGAUGCAUUACGUAUGAAGCUAAAGCCGUAUGGCAAGAAAGGAAAGUACUGCAAGGACAUUUACAGUAAGAGCUUCUCACCACAGUCACCAAUCACCGAGAUGCACGAGCUACGACAGGGAAUAGCGAGCAAACAGAUGCAUAUGAUGCCUAUGACACCAGUCAGUGAGUUCCAGGGUCUCAGCUUGGAACAGUCCUUGCCUAAGAAUUUGACUGAAGAUACAAGUUCAAGUGUGUCGAUGACAGAGAGAAGAGCUCCAAUUGCACAGCCAUCGAUGGACACAUCUGAUCAUCCAAGUUGUGUAUCACAUCUAUCACAACCGGUGCAAGCAUUCAAUGCUGUUAGACCUUCACAAACAGUGGAACCAGCUCCAGGAUUUACUGGCCAGCCAGUGGAACAAGCCAUCGGAUUUAGUGGUAUCAUACCCACUCCACACAUGGGAGGUGCAAGUAUGGAACAAGGCAAUGUGGUCUCUCUUGGGGGUAAACAGGGUACACAGUGUACCUUUGGAAUGCAGCCGUCUGGAGUUGCAUGUUUGAAUAUUCCCCAGGAACUGAUACAGAAAUGGUUAAUAAAGAAAGUGGCUGCAUGUUUUAAGGCUGAACAAGCUAUGGUGGUGAAGACAGAGCCUAAAGUUUAUCCAGAAGUGAUCAAUAUUGGUAGCAGUACACCUAUCCCAAGUGAAGCUCCAACUCCAACUCCAGUUGUACAUACGAGGAACAUGAAGACAUUCGGGGACAGUCCAGUGAAGAUGGAGGAGGGGAACGAUUGUGGGAACAUGCCUAAAUUCUCGAAAUUCUUUUAAAAGUGGACUGAUCCGUUUUGUUCAGCCACAGUGAUAUAGUGUAAAAGGAUAAAAAGACAAUCAAAGUGCUUUUGAACUUUGUAUUUUUUAUUUGUUGUUUCUUUUUUGUUUCUGACUAAUGUUUUUUCUUGACUUACACCUUAAAAAUGAGAAAAAGUUUUUACUAACAUUUAACAUUGUGGUUCUUGCCAACCCUGUUCUUUUCUCAUUAUUUAUAUGUGCUUGUCUAUGUAAAAGGAGCUUAGGGAGUUGGAGUUGAAAUUGUUAUAAAAACAGAUAAAAAAAAAAACAACAAAAUGAGUGGCAAGGAUAUAAAUGAUCCAUGUCAUGGUCCAAAUAACUAAAAAAAUACAUAAGAAAUUCAUACCUAUAGGCUGUUUCUAACAACAACAAAAAAACAUGGAUAAAAAAGAAAGUUAUUACCUGAAAAAAAAUACCUCUGCUCAUUUUUAAAAAGGAAAAAAAAAAGAUAUACACUGGUUUUAUAGUUGUGAUUUGCACAAUUUAUAUUUAGCAUAAAUUCAUGAUUGACACAUAUAGGGCAUAGCCCUGCCAAUAAUUAAUACUGUAUGAUAAUUAAUUGAGAACAAAUAGCUAGUAUUAUAAUGAAAUUUGUGUACUGAAAGUUGCAGUUUAAAGUUAUAUGGCUUGUACAGUCAUCUGUUAUGUUUGUAUGUUUUGUUAAAAUGAACUUCUAGCAACAGUAUUAUAAACAUUUUAUAUACAUGAACAUAGUAACAUCAUAGUGUCAUGUUAUGUGAAUAUUCAUUGAUAAUGUCUUGCAUGUUUUCUGGUCAUUAUUUUAUGUAAUGGCCUGCUUUUUGUAUAUAAUUAUUAUGCACUUUUAGCAAUACAAAGUUAACACUGUUGUGCAGUUAAAAAAAGGAGAGAAAAAAAUAUAUACAAGAAACACAUAAGAAAUAGCAGUAGGUUUUUAGGGAUACUGAUGCUCGUUUGAUACCAGACAAACUGUUAAGUGAAACUUACGUGGGGUUUUGUCAUUUUUAAGAAAAAUGGAAACAUAAAAAAAGAGCAGUAAAGUCGCUGGUGGAAAACAGCAUACGUAAUAAUUGCAAUUUUUAUGUUAAUCUUCAUAACUUAGAUAAAUAUUCAUACUACAUUUCUUGCAAAACCUAAGUGUAUAGGUUACAACUACGCAGUAUUAAGGUUUAAAUAUGUAUAAGAUAUUGCGAGAAAUUAUAUUUUGUGAAAGAAAUCAAAGGAAUUCAAGGUCUUACUGUAGUCUUUAGUGUUUAUGGUAGAGAAACCUGAACUUAAAAUAUUUCCAGAUUUUUAUUAUCUUCCCUGCCUGACAUUAUAUAUGUCCUUACCUAUGUCUUUACUUUAUCUUUCUAUCUUUUAACCCUUAACUUUAUAAGAUGUUUCAUUUUGUCAUAUGUAGAAUGAGCCCGCCCACUUAGCUCAGUAAGUAAGAGCGUUGGUCUACGGAUCGCGGGGUCGCGAGUUCGAUCCUCGGGCGGGGCGUAUGUUCUCCGUGACUAUUUGAUAAACGACAUUGUGUCUGAAAUCAUUAGUCCUCCACCUCUGAUAAUGCAUGUGGGGAAGUUGGCAGUUACUUGCGGAGAACAGGUUUGUACUGGUACAGAAUCCAGGAACACUGGUUAGGUUAACUGCCCGCCGUUACAUGACUGAAAUACUGUUGAAAAACGGCGUUAAAACCAAAACAAAACAAAAAAAACAUGUAGAAUGUAAACAUUUUUUUAAAAAAAAUAUAUGUGUCAUUUUAAUGGUUCACACACUUUGUCAGUAUAGAUAUGCAAGUUCUGCUCAGUUUAAUUCAAAUAUGUUAAAAAGAACAUACAAAAAAAUCCAGUAGUCUUGGGCAGAUGUUUUACCAAAACAGUAAUGGUUUCAAGGAACAUGCAUGAGUGACAGUAUGUGAUAAGUUGGAACUCUGGACAAACAAAUUUAAACUGUCUAAAACUAGAAGUAUUUCAACUUUGAAUAUCUCCAGGAUCUCUGUCUCUUAUCAGGAAGACUAAUGGUUUCAAGGAACAUGCAUGGUGGAUAGUAUGUGAUAAGAUUUUCCAUUCUCAUUGGAACUCUGGACAAACAAAUUUAAACUGCCUAAAACUGGAAGUAUUUUAACUUUGAAUAUCUAUAGCAUCUCAGUCUCCUCCAGUUUUGGGUGUUCUAAAAUAAGAACUAUUUGAAAUCUUUGCUUAUACCUGUAAGAAUCAAAUGACUGCAUCCCUUGUUUUUCACCAGAUUCAUUCAUUCAGUUUGAAAUGCUUGUAAAGCUCGUCUUUUUAUGCUGCAAAGCAGUUUAUAUCCAAUAAAGAAUGGAUAUUGAAAUGUGGAGAUCUUAUUGGUGUGUAUUAUUCUUAAAAGUGUUAUUUUUUGUUUGAUAAUGCCCAAUGGUGUGUGGACCACAUUUAAUUUAGUGCUUAGUGGAUAAAAAUGUAAAAAAAAUAUAUAAAAAAAAUGAAUGUAAGGGGCAGUGAAAAUACUUUUGCAUCUCAAUAAAAAAGGGCCUUUCUUAUACGAAAAAAAGUAAAAAAAUGACGCAGCUUAAACCUUACAAUGUUUACGGUCAAAACUGUGUUGAAGACCACCCUGUGAACAGAUAAGACAUAUACUGCAAGACCCACAAUUAUUUUUUGCCAUCUAAUCAUAUUACCGAUGAAUGAAAAAAAAAAGAUCUAUAAAGGUCAGUCUUUGAUUGUCUCAGUUGUGGUCUUUACACAAAGGGUUGACUGUAUAACAGAGAAGUGUUGCCUCACAUAUAAUGUCUUUAUGUUCUUACAAUUCCUUCGAUGAAGUUUGCUUUAUAUUCAAAAUUAUGAAAAAGAAGAAAAGAAAAAAAAUGAAAAUAGGAAGACAUGUAUAAAAAAGUUAAGGAAAUUAUUUUUAAAAGAAAAAAAUGGUAGAAAAAAAAUCAAGUGUUGGUUUUGCUAGUUCUAUAAUGCUUUCCAAAACAAACGAACAAAAAAUGACAAGACUAUCUACAAAAUGUCUUUAGUAGCUUUAAUUAGAUAUUGUGCAGUAUCUUUGUAUCAGAAAUACAAGUAUUGCAUUUUUAUAAAAAAAAUAGUAAAGAAGAUGCAAAAAUAUUUUUCGUACCAGAGGGAAUGACUGAAUGGUUGUUGCUAAAAUUUGACAGUUAAAAAUAGUAAAUGUACUUAGCAUGCCCCUUAGAAUCUAUAGACCUUUACAUAGUACUAUGUACAUUACAUUUUAACCACGAGAGUUUUAAAAUUUAAAUGUUAAACAAUACAAUACAAUUUCUGAUACAUUUUUUUCACUGGUAUGAAAUUUCAAAUUAAAAACUGAUUUGUCAUGUCAAGGUUACAUAAGAAAAGUGUUAUUUAGUGCGGGAUAGACAUGUAACAUUGGAUGAUAUCUGGUUUCAGAAUAAUGUUAUGUAAAACAGCAGUAAAAAGGGUAGAUCAUGAUAGAGAUAAGAAAAAACUGUCGUUUAUGAACUGGCUUUGAAUAAAUGAGAGUAUGACCAAUGA